AAGGUCGACACGUCACGACUUAACAAGCGGAUACCAUUCAUUUUACGGUUAGGAGAAAGAAUUCCAGUCAUUUGGGGGCAGGCGAGGCAUGAGUGUUCAAAACUCUACAUGCAAGAAGUAGAAAUCCAUCGAAGAAUUCCGUCGAAGAAGUAGAAAAUAACGCGAUGCUAAUAGAGAAAACAUUAGCAAUGAUAAAACACGUUUUUUUGACAGGUCCCCCAGGAGUGGGAAAGACCACACUAGUCCAAAAACUGUUGGCAGCAUUAAGCUCCACUGGUGUAAGCAUUGAUGGCUUCUGGACAGAGGAAGUUAGAGAGAGUGGGAGAAGAGUGGGAUUUGAUGUAGUCACAGUCGAUGGUGACAGAGGGAUUCUUGCCAGAGUGGAAACAGAAGUUUCAGCUGACAGACACAAAUAUAGGGUGGGCCAGUAUGUUGUUGAUCUGCCCUCAUUUGAGAGGCUUGCGCUGCCUCUUUUUAGAAGUGUGGAAAACAAGAGGGUGUUUGUUAUAGAUGAGAUUGGGAAGAUGGAACUUUUUAGUCAGGCCUUCAUCCACUCUGUUAGACAGGUUCUAGAGAGCUCUGCCUGCUCUGUCCUAGGCACAAUCCCUUUUCCUAAAAACCAACAUAUUGGCUUAGUGGAAGAUAUCCGAGCAAGAAAAGAUGUCAAAGUCUUUACGGUUACUAAAGAGAACAGAAAUGACAUUUAUCAUGAUAUUUUGUCUGCGCUUAAAGAAUGUCUGAAGUAAACACUUUCAAGAGGACAAGAGCAGACCACUGGGUUCAGGAACUGACACAAAACACCCAAAACUUAUGAAGAUCCCAUUCUAAGCAUUAGUUCAUUUUUCUUUAAGCAUCUGAUGUUAUAAAAUGUUUUCAACUAUUUUUUUAUGUUCAUAUAUACAGUAACUGUUUUUUGUGAAUUAUCCUGCUUUUUCCCAAAGGUUGUUUGCUCCAGAUGAAUGUAGAGUAGCAUCCUAAAGUAAUUGCUAAAAUGAACAAAUGUGAUGGCCUAAACUACAUUUUCAGCCCAUAUAUGUUCUAUAAUAGGUCAUUUUUGUGGUAAAUGCCCUUACUUAAAAAGAAGAGGGUUAGUAUGUUUUGUUCAAAAUAAACCACUAUUUGAGUGAA